AUGGCUCUUUUAUUAACAAGAAAUGUAUUAUAUAUUUUAUCAAAUAAAUGCGUUACUUCUAAUCACAAUUUUGAACCUUUGAUCAAAUUUCAAAAAAUAAUAAGCAUCAAUCCAUUUGCACCAUUACGGUAUACCAGUCUUCGAAAUACGCAUUCUCAAUGCACAUCAACCACAACAUCAUCGACCUCACUUCACUCAUCAUCGUUGUUUAAACCGAACCAAUAUCUCCAAAAAAACCAAGAGCCAACGAAAGAUAACGAUUACGACUACGCCACCUACAAAAAAAAUCUCAACGCCAAAAUACUAUCACUUCCCGAAGUAAAAUCACUUUUAAAUAAUCCGAAAUUCGAGCGAAAUCGUGUUUAUCCAUGGCUAAAUGAGAAAACACGUUACCACCAUCUCACCGCUAAAACUUUAAAGGGCCCAGGCAUGUUUGCGGUGUCACCACUCGUUUUUUUUAAUUCACAAACUAGAGAGUUGAUUGGGUUUCAGCAUAUUGGUAAGGAUUUGAGCGGGCACGAGGGGAUUGCGCAUGGUGGAUUGUUAGCUGUUUUGGUGGAUGAGAUGUUCGCUAGAGUUGUAAAUCCAUGUUUUCCAGAAAAAAACUCAGCAACAGCUUAUCUCCACAUAAACUACCGUGCCCCAUGUCCUUCCGACGCAAUAGUUAAGGGAUAUGCAAAAAUCACUAACUUGGAAGGUCGUAAAGCUUUUGUCGAAGGAAGAAUUGAACUCAUAAAAGAUGAUGGUAAUGGCAAUGUUAAUAAUGUCAUGGUUGUAGACGCUAAUGGAUUAUUCUUGAGUAUAAAAAAGUUGGUGCCAACGUAA